CAAAAAUUAUAUAUUUGGUAGGCAUAUUAGAUUUAUCCUUAGUUAGUCCUAGUAAUUGCCAAUCUACCUUGUUUAAAAAAUAGGAAAAUAAUUAAGGUGAGGAUAUCACACAUAUGUGAUCAAAUCAAAUCUCAUAAUCACGUAAUUGCAUUAUAAAUAGCCUUCCUCUGACUCCCAUUUUCAAUACAAGACAUACAAACAACAAUGGGAAGAUUCACUUCCAUCUUCUUUCUUUUUACCCUCUUUUCGUCUCAUUUUGUUGCUUCAAGUCUUGGAAAGAAGCAAAGUGAUGUUCUUGGUAAAUUUAACAAGGCUAAGCGAAAGAGGGAUUCGUCCAUUGAAAAGAGUUAUUUACAAGCAGCCCUUGAAAAUAUAGAAAUAGACAAAGUUAUCCUUCCACAGGAUGGACUAAAAGAAAACGAUUGGAUCAAGAAAUUGCCUGGACAACCGUCAGUGAAGUUUCAGCAAUAUGGUGGCUAUGUUACUGUCAAUGAAUCCGCUGGUCGUGCUUUGUAUUAUUACUUUACUGAAGCUGAGAAUCCAAAUUCAUUGCCUUUGCUUCUUUGGCUUAAUGGCGGUCCUGGUUGUUCUUCGAUUGCUUUUGGGGCCAUGGAGGAACUUGGACCUUUCAGAGUUAAUAGUGAUGGGCAAACAUUACACAGGAAUUAUUAUGCGUGGAAUCAUGCUGCCAACGUGUUGUUCUUGGAGUCUCCUGCUGGAGUAGGAUUUUCAUAUACAAAUACAAGCAGUGACCUCAAUACAACUGGAGAUGGCAGAACUGCUUAUGAUAAUUUUGUAUUCUUGCUUAAUUGGCUCGAGAGAUUUCCGGAGUAUAAGAACAGACAAUUUUACAUUUCUGGUGAGAGCUAUGCCGGGCAUUAUGUACCUCAGUUGGCACAUACAAUUCUUAAGCAUAACAAGUUAGCCAACAAGACUCUCAUCAAUCUCAAAGGAAUAAUUAUUGGGAAUGCAGUGAUCAAUGAUGACACAGAUGACAUAGGAAUGUAUGAAUAUUUUGCAUCGCAUGCCCUAAUUUCAGAUAAAACUUAUCUUGACAUCAAGAAAUAUUGUUACGAAGAUCAAUACAAUGAGGGCAGGUGUAACGGGGCAGUUGCAACUUCAGACGUGAAUGUGAACUAUCUUGACAUCUACAACAUUUAUUAUCCCCUUUGCCAGGAUGGAAUCACGAAACCGUCACCAUGGCAGUUUGACCCCUGCUCAGACAACUACAUUUUUACCUACCUAAACAGACGGGAUGUUCAAGAUGCACUCCAUGCCAAUGUUACCAACAUCAAAUAUGAGUGGACAUCUUGCAGCAAUCCACUCUUUUACAAUUGGCAAGACAGCCCGAAGACUAUAAUCCCUCUCCUCAAAGAGUCUCUGGCAAAUGGUGUUCGAGUAUGGGUUUUUAGUGGUGAUACAGAUGGAAGGGUGCCUGUAACUUCUUCAAAGAGAUCUAUACAAGCAAUGAACCUUACAGUUGAUCAACCUUGGCGCUAUUGGUUGAAUGGAGGAGAGGUUGGAGGAUAUGUUGAGACAUACAAAGGAGGUCUAACAUUUGCAACAGUAAGAGGAGCAGGACAUGAAGUUCCAAGUUACCAACCUGCCAGAGCCCUUUCUCUUAUUUCUCACUUCCUUUCUGACACAUUACCCCCUGGACCUCAUUAUUAAUC